AUGCUCCAGUUCAUGGCCAAUGUGACGGAUCAGCCCGACUGGGAGAAAGCCGUGUUCGAUGACGAGGAGGUCGGGCGGUACAGCCAGUACCGCUACCUUCUGGCCGCACGACGCAGUUUCGAUCUCAGGGCCCCCGUCGAUGAUCUCAGGUCUGCCUUCGAAGGCGCUGAGAGCUUGGCGAACACUGUCGGCUUCUCAGACAUCAUGUUCAACUGGUGCAUCUGGGAGCUGGGAAUGAGGGCCAAGGCGUCUCAAGAAAACAACGGGAUUGUCGCACUAUUCGAAACGAGUGCCGCUGCCUUCAAGCUGGAUCUUCCGGAGGACUUCCGUCUCUCGGUCGCGGAAGCGCUUGUACGUCUUGAGGCUGAAGCCUUGGAAGACAAGGGUAAUCGAUGGCAGCCCGGCCAUAACGACACAAACCUCAAGAUUGUCCAGCCGUCCCUCUAUGCAGUGGACUUUGAGCAGACCCAUGUCCUCCAGGACCGCAUCAUUACCGUCCAUGAUUGCCUCGAAUCGAUUGGGAGCGGGCAAGUUAUUGCGAAGGAAAGGAGAGGGCGAAUCAGUUUUUUGGCAACACGCGGUGCCUUGUCCACUCGAUUCCAAUGGCUGCCAACCGACGUCACGCUCGACGCUGAGGGCAAGUCCCACAUCAUCGGCUACCUGAACAACAUCCACCCGGUCCGCCAUGCAGGCGUAUACCGAAUGGUUGAGAAGCUACUGGACAAGGCACUACCACUCUUCGCAGCCGCCUACGACAGCGUCAAGACCAAGGACCGCCUAGUCGGAUCACGAUUCCCGACCGAUUUCUGGAGGUGCACCACCCCAUCGUUGUGCGGCAGCGACAAGGCAUACACGACCCAUGAUCCAAUGUCCGGCGGCUGUAAGGCAGCAAAUUACCUGAUAGAGAAGGAGGACGCAACACACCAAGAGCAGAAAGACUGGUUUGCGAGGACACACCCGUUUGUUCAACCUGAGCCUCUGUCGAGCCCAGAACAUCUCGACGCGUUUUCCUCUACCAGGCGGCCUUUCCCCACAAGAUUGCCCUGGGAGGGCUCGGAUCUCCAGAUCAUCGUUUCCGUUGGCAGCAUACUCCUCACCCCCGACAAGCCCGUGUAUGCAACAGGGCAAUUCCAUGUCGAAGGCCUGCUCAAUGAGCGGAUAUGCGCCUCAGCCAUCUAUUACUACGACAGCGACAACAUUACUGAGAGUCGGCUCGGAUUUGAAGCAGCUGGGAGUGGCUGGAAGAUCCUCCACGGAGGUCGCGAGGGACCCCCCUUUUACAGGGACCGCCCUUUGGCCAAGGAGCUCUACGACGUCGCCGAAAGCAGACGCUGCAGCAGUCUGGAGUGGAUGCCGCUGGGAUCGAUUGAGACGCGACCUGGGCGCCUCGUUGUGUUCCCGAACGUUUAUGCGCAUCGCGUCGAGCCAUUCGAGCUCGUGGACAAGACGCGUCCGGGCUACCGCAAGAUGAUCGCCAUCUUCCUUGUAGACCCCGGCACUCCGAUUAUCUCGACCUCCAACGUCCCACCUCAACAGAGCACCUGGGCUACGAGAGAACAACGGGAGCCGAACUCGCCCGAGAUGCUCAGUGGGGCCAUCAUCGGGUCUGAGACCGCAAAGGAGCGGAGCGACGAGCUCCUAGAGGAGAGGGAGAAAGUGGGUAUUAAGAACUUCGGCAAUGGCCUAAGCGACUAG